AUGCGCAAACCUAAUAUUUUAUCAUUUACUCGAGAUGAAACUCCAAAACCUUCCAUUAAUAGAGAAAGACAUGUGAAUCGAUAAAUGGCCAUCAGUGUUGAUUCACCAAAGGAAUUCUAAUUUAAGCACAUCAAAGUCGAGGAUAUCCUCUUUGUUAAACCAUAAGAUUCUGCCACCCAAUAAGACUUGCAAUAUAAAAGGAUUAAAUGGUAUGGUAAAGCUGUUAACCUCUAACAUGAUCUUUAAAUGACCUUAAGACCCAAUUUGAGCUUGUUAUAAGACAAAAAAGUCAAUGAGUCCAUUUAAGAAUCGGAAGAUCGUAUCAUCAGACUCAAAUCAACCAAAUCUAGAUUCAACGAUAAAAUCUCUAAUAGAUCCUAUGAGCUCGAACAUAAUGGCAGAUAUUUAGAUUAAAAGUGUGCUUUCUAAGAAAAUUAUACUCUCUACUCUAAAGACUCCUUUAAACUUAAAACAGGAAUGUUUGAACAAUUCAAAAAUGCACAACUCCUCUAAAAAAGAGGUAAUCAAUAUGAAUAUUUCCUUUAAAAACCAACUUACUCCGAUUAUAGUAAAUAAAAAACCUAUAGGACUUCAAAACAAAAGCCAAAUUUACUUAAUCAGACAGAUAAUACGUUGACUACUCUGUUUGAUACUCCCAUUAAGUAUUAGAAUGAAUUAAAUCUGAAGAUUGCUCGAAAUUAAAUUCUACAAUCACUUGAAUAGCAAAAGAGGAAGAGAGCUAUUUCAGAAUAUUGA